CUCGUGCGCUCGGCGGAGCAGCAACUGUUGAGGCUUGCAUCAGCCGGGAGCAACAACCAGCCGGUCGGUGUGUGGAGGAGAGGCCACAACAGUAUGGACACAAUCUGCAACCUGCUCUUUACACUUUGAAGCACCUCCUCCUCAAUGCCAAGCCGGCCGCCGGUGUUGAAACGUCACUUUUGCAAGCAGUGAACGGCGCGAGGAGCGUGUCGACCGAAGUUAUCUGAGGCUGUGGUCGACAUCCAGUUUGCCGGUGACAUCAGGGUGUAUGUGCGUAAAUGUACACGUUGAGCAAAGGGCAAGGUCCCCUCACAGCGCAGAUAUGAGCUGCGAGCAGCUCUAGCCGCGCGCUCCUCACUUCAUCUCCUCAGCUAACUUCAAUGUGCCUUUUUACACUUUCAUCAAUUUUAAGAUAGCUUUAUUUUUCACACCUGAAGAUGUCGUGCCUGCUGCGGGGAGUCGUCCGGAGACAUGGUUGUGUUGGGGCGAGUGUCGGGGUUCGGUCCCUGGCCUCCAUCCCCUCGUUACCCCCAGCGGUGGCUGAUUUUGUGAAGGGAGCGGUGGAUGAGUGCAAGCCCACCAAUGUGCACGUGGUGACGGGGAUGCCGGAGGAAACAGGUAACAUCCUGGCAGGUCUGGAGAAGGAAGGGAUGGUCAAGAGGCUUCCCAAAUAUGAGAACUGCUGGCUGGCCCGAACAGACCCAAAAGACGUGGCCCGGGUGGAAAGCAAGACUGUGAUUGUGACCAAGAACCAGAGGGACACCAUCCCCAUCCCUGCUGGAGGGGUGAAGAGCCAGCUGGGCAGCUGGAUGAGCGAGUCCGACUGGCAGAGAGCCAGAGAGGAGCGUUUCCCCGGCUGCAUGGCAGGUCGGACCAUGUAUGUGAUUCCCUUCAGUAUGGGCCCUGUGGGCUCGACUCUGUCUAAAUAUGGUGUCCAGGUGACAGACUCGCCAUAUGUUGUAGCCAGUAUGGGGAUCAUGACCCGCAUGGGCACUCCUGUCCUGAAGAAACUGGCUGAAGGAGUGGACUUUGUCCGCUGUCAGCACUCUGUGGGACGUCCUUUACCACUCACAGCCCCUCUGGUCAACUCGUGGCCCUGUAACCCAGACAAGGUGCUGAUAUCUCACCUGCCAGACAACAGGCAGAUCAUGUCCUUCGGCAGCGGCUAUGGAGGAAACUCCCUGUUGGGGAAGAAGUGCUUCGCCCUGCGCAUCGCCUCCCGUAUCGCCAAAGAUGAAGGCUGGCUGGCCGAACACAUGCUGAUCCUUGGCAUCACCAACCCUCAGGGAGUAAAACGUUACGUAGCCGCGGCCUUUCCCAGUGCCUGUGGUAAAACCAACCUGGCCAUGAUGAAACCAGCUCUGCCUGGCUGGAAGGUUGAGUGUGUGGGCGACGACAUUGCAUGGAUGAAGUUCGACAGCCAAGGUAAACUCAGAGCCAUCAACCCAGAGAACGGUUUCUUCGGUGUGGCUCCUGGCACUUCAGACAAGACCAAUCCCUACGCCAUGGCCACUAUUGCCAAAAACACUGUGUUCACCAACGUUGCCGAGACCAGCGAUGGAGGAGUGUGGUGGGAGGGCCUUGACCCCCCUGCAGCCGGGGUCACACUCACAGACUGGCACGGCAAAGCCUGGAAGCAAGGAAGCUCGACUCCGUGUGCCCACCCCAAUUCCCGCUUCUGUGCCCCGGCGGCUCAGUGUCCCAUCAUUGACCCCCAGUGGGAGAGUGAGGAAGGCGUUCCCAUCGACGCCAUUAUCUUUGGUGGAAGGAGGCCGGAAGGAGUCCCCCUGGUCUACGAGUCUUUCAGCUGGCAACAUGGAGUCUUUGUUGGAGCCGCCAUGAGGUCUGAAGCCACGGCAGCUGCUGAGCAUAAAGGCAAGGUGAUUAUGCACGACCCCUUUGCCAUGCGGCCCUUCUUCGGUUACAACUUUGGUGACUACCUCGCUCACUGGCUGAGCAUGGAGAGCCGAAAGGCCCCCACUCAUCUGCCCAAGAUCUUCCACGUCAACUGGUUCAGAAAGGACCCCUCGAGCGGUGCCUUCCUGUGGCCCGGCUUUGGUGAAAACGCUCGCGUCCUGGAGUGGAUCUUCAAGCGCUGCAGCAGGGAGAGGGAGGAUGAGGCGGCCAAGAAGAGCAUUAUCGGCUGGCUGCCAGAAGAUGGCGCCAUCGACACUAAAGGUCUGAGCAGCAAGGUGGAUAUGGGUGCCCUGUUCGACGUACCCACGCCUUUCUGGCAGAGGGAGACAAAGGAGCUGAGAGCCUACUUCACUCAGCAAGUUGGGGCUGAUCUGCCGGCUCAGGUGGAGGCUGAGCUGAAGGCACUGGAGGACAGAGUGCACAACUAAAGCCCUACUGACAGGAAGUUCCUUCAGAAACAGGGAGGUUGUCACUGAUGACACAGGAUUCACAUCAUCAGGGUGCAAUCAGACUCACUGGCUGGGUUAACAUACACAGAGAUUUUAGUUCUGAACCAGGUUAUCUAAAAAACACAGUUUUGUUUUUUUAAUAUGAACAAAAGAAAACUGAGGUUGGAUAACCGGGUUGAGAUGUGUUGGUUUCACACCAUAUGACAUGUGCCGAAAUGCCAAAAAACGUGGCAGUAGCUGGUACGAGAGAUUACUACUACUUUCUGCUCAGUAUAGCAGCCACAUUUUGUUGAUAGACCAUGUUACAUGUUGAGAAUUCAGGAAAGGUAGACAUGUGUUAAUUGGCCAGGCCAGUAGCUGACAUUCUCUGUCUAUGAAAACACAGUCAGUGACUCGCGUCUUUCUCUUUUAUGAAGAGAAGUCUGUUAGGAAUGAAAUGUUAGAUACGGAAUCAGAGGAGAAGCUAAUAAUCUGCAAUGCAAUACCUACUUUUCGGACACUACUUCACACUCAUUCUGCAACACUGAGGGGCUGGUGCUGCGUUAGGAGGGAGGUUUGACUCAGCAUGAAGGUUAGAUUUCUGUGAAGCUGUCAAACUUGCCAUUGGCAUGGUAAAAAAAAGCACAAAUAAAAAUGGCCCGGUCGUGCCUGUGAGACAUUUAGAAGAACAGUGUCUAGGCUGCUCAUGUUUACACGCUAAAGCCCAAAGAGUUCAUAAGUUUUUAACUUUUUUAUUCAUGAAAAGGUUUGAAGAGAAUUUUAGCAUCGGCUCUUUUAAUACACUAGUGACUUAUGAUAAAGCCCUUUUAUUUUAAAUUGACCUUAUAUUGGACAAAAUGAUUAUCAGCAGUCCCUUCACGACUUAAAACGUAGCAAAUGUCCAGUGGGCUGGAGGAUUACUAUGCAUAAUUCAUCUUGCCACUUUGUAAUGUUUGUGAUUAAACUGUAUGAUUUCAGGGGAUGUUUACACACAAUUUUUGAAAUGUUGGACCAAUGAAUGCGACUGAGAUUAUUAGGUAUUUUUAGAAGUUGUAUGCAAAGGUUUUUAUUACAGUGCAAUGAAUAAAUACCUUCAAAUA